UAGCAGGCCGUUGUGCGCGCGAUUCGGUCGUGUCGGCCAUCUUGGAAAAUCUCCCGCCAUUAUUUUCGCGGCAAUUUAAACUUUUAGAUUUCAGUGUUUCUGAAUUUGGACUGAGAAGUGUAUUUUUUUAUACCUAUGACUUGAAAGGAGAAUCUGUUUGGGUGUAACUAGAGACAACUGCCCCGCGCCACCCAUUAUGAACAAGAAAUCUCAUAAUAAAAAGAAGCAGAAAAGGCGUGGCAGGAACGAUGGUCGCAACAAGGAGAACAUCAUUGAGGGCGGGUGCGAGGCGAGCCAGGCGACCGAGGCGGAGGGCGAGGCGAAGCCGAAGAAGGAGCUGAGCUAUGAGAUCAAGCAUUCAGAUGUUAUGGGAAGGUACAUCGUAGCAACCAAAGCCCUCAAAGCAGGCGAAGUGAUCAUCGAAGAGCCUGCACUAGCCGUGGGCCCCUGCUCCGGCUGCGCGAUCAUCUGUCUCGGCUGCUACCGGGAGCUGGACGAAGCCAACUUGACAAAAUGCGCAGGUUGCAAGUGGCCGCUAUGCAGCAGCUCUUGCUUCGGAUUGGGCAGGUACACAGGCCACUCCGUCUACGAGUGCGACACCUUAAAAGCUGUCCCUCCCGACUACAAUGGGAUUGAAGACUUGAAGGAUUCCUAUCAGGCUCUCAUGCCAUUACGAUGUCUUCUGUUAGAAAAAGCGGAUCCAGACAAAUGGGCAGCGCUGUCGGCUAUGGAAGCCCACAAUAGCGUGCGGCGCGCCCGAGGCGACAUCUUUCCGGUGAACGACAGAAACGUGGUGCAGCGCCUCAAGAAGUGGGGCCUCGACUAUGACGACGAGGAAAUACACACUGUGUGCGGUAUACUGGAGGUGAAUGCUUUUGAAGUAGGUGGCACUGGGGCGAACGCGCGGGCGUUAUAUGACGCAGCGUUCCUCCUGGCACAUGAUUGCACACCUUCCACCACACACACCGAUGCGGAACGCGCGCCCGCACGGACAUUAACCGUACGCGCCGCAAUUCCGCACGAACCCGGAGAUCUCAUCUCACUAUGCUACGCUUAUACGUUACAGGGUACAUUAAGACGUCGUGAGCAUCUUAAGCUAAGCAAGUUCUUUGAGUGCGCUUGCAAACGCUGCUCUGAUCCGACUGAACUGGGUACUUAUGCAAGUGCAUUCUGCUGCCCACGGUGCGGCGCAAGAGUAUUGAGCAGCGCACCGCUUAUCGCCACUGCUCCUUGGCGCUGUGAACGCUGCCCUUAUGAAAUGCUUGCUACAGCUGUACAAGUUUUAAUCAAGAGGUUAACCGAAGAGUUUGAACAGAUAGAUGCCAACGAUGUCCUCGGCUACGAAAACUUUCUAACCAAAUACCGCAACGUGCUACAAGAGAGCCACUACCUCUGUCUAUCCGCCAAGCAUUCUCUAAGUCAGCUAUAUGGAAAGGUGACUGAAUACAUGAUACACGAGAUGCCGGAGGAGAAGCUUCAUAGAAAAGUGGAGAUCUGCAGGGAUUUAAUGAAGGUGUUUGACGUGAUUGAGCCGGGGUAUUCAAGGUUACGAGGUAUAACUCUAUAUGAGCUGCACGCACCACUCAUGGUAUUGACUACGAGGGACUUUGAAAAAAAAGCUAUUACAAAAGAUAAUUUACGAAAUCGUUUAAAAGAGAUCGUGAGCUACCUGAGCCAGUCGGCGCUCAUCCUGGCCUUCGAGCCGCGCCACACGCCCGAGGGGCUGAUGGCGGGCGCGGCCGCCGACGCGCUGCGCAAGAUCAAGACCUGGGAGCAGAUCAUCGGCAAGAUCUCCUGAGCGCGGCGCAUGCGCGAUAGUGAUAGCGUGCUUGUUCAACGGCACUGAAGAGAGUGCCAGUCUCACGCAAGAUUACGCGCACACACUCACGCAUACGCCUCCAUAUUGUAUAGUCCAGUUUUCUUAAAUAUAACAUAUUCCACGCGCCACAAUGGCCACAAUAACAUAAAGCCGCCACUUACUUAGUUUUUAUUAUUUAUGUGGCGGCCACCGGCUGCAAUCGUGUGCUGCGAGUCCAUAUAAAAUGUAUAAAUGCUACAGAAAGAAGCGCUGCAUUUUGAGGUUGUGGCCAGUGGCCCGUGUGCGGGGACACUUAAAGUAUGUUAUAAAUAUACAACGCGUAACCGUUAAAAUACCGUUGAAGAUUGCAUAUGUACAUUUCAUAAGGAAUCACCCCGUAAAAAAACUAAAUCGAUGGAAGGAAUUUUCAAUUUUCAUACGUGUUUACUAAUACCAACCCUAGAUAGAAUAAGAUAAAAGACCGAAACGCGCAUAGUACCUACACUACGCGACGCGUACCUAAUAAAGUGACAUUGGUCACUUGAUUUUAAUACUGCAUGUGAUGUUAGGGCUGUGUCUGAUUUUUUUCAGUAAAAGCUAUGGCAGUUGUUUACUUAAAAAUUAUUUACGUUUCGGUUUUGCAGAUAAGUCAUAGAGGCAGUACUUAGGUUGUUAUAUUCAGGUUUCCAUUUUCACGUUGUAUAUAAACAGAAUAAGCCCCUACACAGAUAUUGUAUACAGGGCGGUGACUGAUGACUUUCAAUCUUUCAGCUUUAUAUAUAAAAAAAAAUAUGUGUGUCAGCUCCGACGCACGACUGGAGUUUACUCUUUAAUUACGAUUGUCAUACGCAAAAA